AUGGGUCGCGUUCGUACCAAGACUGUCAAGAAGUCCGCCAAGGUCAUCAUUGAGCGGUACUACCCCAAGUUGACUCUCGACUUCGAGACCAACAAGCGUGUGUGCGAUGAGAUUGCCAUCAUUGCUUCCAAGCGCCUCCGCAACAAGAUUGCCGGCUACACCACCCACUUGAUGAAGCGCAUUCAGCGUGGCCCCGUCCGCGGUAUCUCCUUCAAGCUUCAGGAGGAGGAGCGUGAGCGCAAGGAUCAGUACGUUCCCGAGGUCUCCGCUCUCGACUUCACCCAGAACUCCGAGAGCGGCCAGCUCGAUGUCGAUACCGAGACCAAGGACCUCCUUAAGCACCUCGGCUUCGACGCCAUCCCCGUCAACGUCAUCCCCGUUACCCAGAACCCCGCUGUUGAGCGUGGCCCCCGCCGCUUCGGUGGUGACCGCCCCCGCCGCGACUAAAUUGUUUCUUCGAAAGAGGGGACAUUUUAGGACCACCAAUAGAAAACGACGCUUGACGACUUCGAUCACGAUA